AUGGCACAGCGCUGCACCUGGCGGCGCUUCAUCAGCUCGGGGCUUCGCACGGGCUCGAAUACGCACAGGCGGGCCGUUCUGGCCGCAAGGGUAGUUUUGCGAGGCGUGGCGAGACCUUGCUCCAUCAGCUCCUUCAGAGAAGAGCAGAUCCAUCUCAGGAAGGGCUGCGCCGAAAAGGAGUCCGUGCUCCUUUCGGAUUCGGAACUUGCCGGAUUCAGGAGUACCACUUCCGAUCCCGUGGCGACCCUGGCGCUGGCUUUGCACCUUGCUGCUGCAAGGGGCUUCGUGCGUUCAGGGCUCGGCAAAAGCUUCAGCGGACUGGGGCCUUGGGCCCGUGACUGGAACCCGGAAGCCUUCGCAGGCCACAUGGACCUGCUCUUGAGAUAUCGCGCCGACGUCCAUGUCAUCCUGUCUUGGAAAAGGGCAACAGCACGGAACAUGGCGGGACUCGCAUGGCAGGCCUACAGCAGGAUCAAGCAGGUGAAGAACUACUGUGCUCUUCAUGAGGCCUUCCAGCCCUAG